AAAGUGGGAGGGAGGGAGUAGUAGUACAAUUUUUUAAUAGUACUUUUUCCAUAUCUUUGUCACAAUUCUCCAUUGCAGUACGCUGUUUUCUAUCUGUCCUGUCUUAAAAUCUCUUUGUCGUGCAGUACUACAACAAAAAAAGUUGGAAAUUCACCUAACUAUAAAAAUAUCUUCAAUGAAUUUCACUAACAACUUCAAUGGCACAUUUACAACAACCCCUUUUCUUCCUAACUCUCUUUCUCCUUCUCAUCAUCUCCACCGCAGCACACGGCGGAGGACACGGAGGAGAUGAUGCUGACGUGGAUUCAGAUAUAUCUGGACCAUCAGACAAACCCCAUUUGAGAUCUAAGCCGUUGGUUUUAGUUAAGAUAUGGUGUUUGAUAAUAGUGUUUUUUGGGACAUUUCUUGGUGGGGUAUCACCUUAUUUUAUGAAGUGGAAUGAGGGGUUUUUGGUUCUUGGUACACAGUUUGCUGGUGGGGUUUUCUUGGGAACUGCGCUUAUGCAUUUCUUAAGUGAUGCUAAUGAGACUUUUGGUGAUGUGGUGACGAGUAAAGAGUAUCCUUUUGCUUAUAUGUUGGCAUGUGCUGGUUAUUUGAUGACUAUGUUGGCUGAUUGUGUUAUCUGUUUUGUUUAUGACAAGGAGAGUUACAAGAAUAAUGGUGUUCAGCGCCAAGGUGAUACUGAAGAUGGAAAAAGCAAUGGGACGGUCACACAAGGGCAGACACAGGUCUCCGAUGGCAGAGAAGAUUACUUAUCGACAGCACCUCUUGCAACAGCUUCUUCACUCAGUGACAGUAUCUUAUUGAUCAUAGCACUAUGUUUCCAUUCUGUCUUCGAGGGAAUAGCCAUUGGUGUUGCCGAAUCACAAGCCGAUGCUUGGAGAGCUCUUUGGACUGUCUGUUUACACAAGAUAUUUGCUGCCAUCGCAAUGGGAAUAGCUCUACUCAGGAUGAUCCCUAAUCGCCCCCUGCUAUCGUGCUCGGCAUAUGCUUUCGCCUUCGCCAUCUCAAGUCCAAUUGGUGUUGCCAUCGGAAUCGUAAUCGACGCCACAACUCAAGGGGUUGUUGCAGACUGGAUCUAUGCUAUAUCGAUGGGAUUGGCUUGUGGAGUUUUCAUAUAUGUUUCCAUUAAUCAUUUGCUUUCCAAAGGAUACAAGCCUGAGAAAAUGGUCCUGGUUGACAAGUCUCAUUUCAAGUUCUUGGCUGUUUUGUUAGGUGUUGGGAUAAUUGCUGUGGUGAUGAUAUGGGACACUUGAGUUAUAUUGCUUUGAUUAUUUUGUUAGCAUUAGCAGUAUUGUUUCCAUUUUACUUUCAGAAUACUUUUGGUUAUUCCAAAAAGUUGGUAUACAUCAUAAUGAGAGUGACAUGUAUAGUACUAUUAAGUUGUGAUCUUUCAAGGAUUGUCUUUAUCA